UAAGAUGAAGGCUACUGGAUGAACUCUAUUGAGCACUGAACAAGGAAGGUACAUCUCUAUUGAGCACUGAACAAGGAAGGUACGACAUGUACCUUAGGUCGCCAUCAUAAAGGGCUGACUUUGGAGAGACUGAUGCUGGCCCUGGAUGGUCGAGAAAGAAUUUGACAGUUCACUUACUUUACCCAUUAUGAAGGACAUUGCCAGUUUGUGUUGAUUCAUCAACACACAUAUUGAGAUCAUACACAUGUCCAUGUCCACACAGAGCAGAGAUCAUGAGUGGUUUCAUCCUGACCAGUCUGGGAUUUUAUCACGCUUGCUUUGGUCAUUACAUCACAAUUAUGGAGCUGUUGGUAUGAGAGAAAUAAGGGAUGAAAAAAGGAAGAGUGGAAAAAAGCGACAGAUAAAAUGUAGGUCAGUGGAGAUGCGCUCGGGGCAGUUUCUCUCUAUGGUUGUGUCUCUCUCUCCGUGGGCCACAGCUAAAGAGGCUAAGAGACUGGGGGUGAAAGUGCCUCCAACCCACACCUGCCUCUUUACUACCUUGCACAGACUGACAGAAGCAUCCACAGUGUCAGACAACUACUCGGAUGGCAGACGUUGAGCACCAGGCGUGAUGCUUACCCAAUGUGACAAGCUAAGCGGGAGAGAGUGGGAGGAGCGGAAAGUGCUCCGGUCCAAUCCGAGCUGGCGGGCAAAGCUUCUCCAACACGCUCUUCCCUCCCUCAGCCGGCAGAAAACAGUGGAAGCCUCCCAUAGAGGUGAGAGCGCAGAUGUCAUGAGAGCAACCGCAAGACCAGAGCGCAAACACCGACACGCCGAAAGACCUCAUCCCGCCUCCGCACGCCUCGGUCUGGGAUGCUUUUAGCGUACAAGCCGCCUCCAAUCAGGGCAGCCAGCGGUCGUCGACGCAGAUUGUCGACAUUCUUGAGGCGCAACAGCAACACCAUGCGAGCUCAAAUCGAAGUUAUACCAUGCAAAAUUUGCGGAGACAAAUCAUCAGGGAUCCACUACGGAGUCAUCACAUGUGAGGGAUGUAAGGGAUUCUUCAGAAGGAGUCAGCAAAACAAUGCAUCCUACUCCUGCCCCCGCCAGAGGAACUGCCUCAUCGACAGAACAAACCGCAACCGAUGCCAACACUGCCGCCUUCAGAAGUGUCUAGCCUUAGGAAUGUCUAGAGAUGCUGUGAAGUUCGGCCGUAUGUCCAAGAAACAACGUGACAGUCUGUACGCAGAAGUCCAGAAGCACCAGGCACGACUACAGGAGCAGCGGCAGCAACAGACAGGGGAAGCAGAAGCUUUGGCACGUGUUUACUCAUCUAGUCUAACCAAUGGACUGUCAACCCUCAACCAUGAAAUUGGGGGCACCUACGCCAAUGGUCAUGUCAUUGACCUACCCAAGGGUGGCCACGGUAAUGGCGGUGGACUCCCUGGGGGCUACUAUGGGAUGGAUUCCACCCAGCCAUCUCCAGACCAGUCAGGUUUGGAUAUGUCAGGCAUGAAGCACAUAAAGCAGGAACCAGUGUACGACCUAACGCCAGUACCCAACCUGUUCAGCUAUGGAGGAUACCAGGACAGUCAACUUGUUCACAACAAUGUCAGCAUGGGAGAAUUAGACCGGAUUGCGCAGAAUAUCAUCAAGUCUCAUCUAGAGACAUGUCAGUACACCUCAGAGGAGCUGCAGCAGUUGGCCUGGCAGACACACUCCUAUGAGGAGGUCAAAAUGUAUCAGAGCAAGCCUCGGGACGUAUUGUGGCAGCAGUGUGCCAUUCAAAUCACACAUGCCAUCCAGUAUGUGGUAGAGUUCGCCAAGCGGAUCUCAGGGUUUAUGGAGCUGUGUCAAAAUGACCAGAUCCUCCUGCUCAAAUCAGGUUGUUUAGAGGUUGUCCUGGUGAGGAUGUGCAGAGCCUUCAACCCUCUCAACAACACUGUGCUCUUUGAGGGGAAGUAUGGUGGCAUGCAGAUGUUCAAAGCGUUAGGUUGUGAUGACUUAGUCAGCGCGGUAUUUGACUUUGCCAAGAGUUUGUGCUCACUGCAGCUGACGGAGGAGGAAAUCGCUCUCUUCUCAGCAGCUGUCCUCAUUUCCACAGAUCGUCCAUGGUUGAUGGAGCCCCGCAAAGUUCAAAAACUCCAGGAGAAGAUCUACUUUGCCCUUCAACAUAUUAUGCAGAAGAACCACAUGGAUGAAGAUGCAUUGGCUAAGCUGAUCAGUCGUAUCCCAACAUUGUCUGCCCUGUGUACACUCCACACGGAGGAGCUUCAAGCCUUCCAGCAGCUUCAUCCAGAAACAGUCAAUGUGCUGUUCCCUCCACUGUAUAAGGAACUAUUCAAUCCUGACCCGAACUCUGCCAUGGCGAUGCCCAAGUGACUGCCUAUUGCACAAUUGCAACAAACAAUGUCAGUCGAGGAACAAGAGAAUAAAAGGACCACUAUAUCUGAAAAAAGAACAUUGGCAAUAUCUAUCAUGUCCUCGUCAUAUUUCACAGCUCCCCUUGUUUAAUUUGAGACUUGGGAGAUGAAGAGUCAACUGCCAGAAACUUACAGUUACCGCCAACAAUACUAGGAAUGUCCAGCACUUAUCCCAUCCUGUUCACCGAUACAGUCUGAAGAAUGUAUAUAGAUAUGAAACAUGGCCCCCGCUACAACCUUAGCAGAGGCUUCUUCUUGUCUCCUGACCAGAAAUGUACAGACUUUAAGAAUCUAGGAACCAUUUUUGCUGUCGAUGUGGGUACAUCAAAUUUAUUUGAAAUUUGAAAAAGAAAACUUUUUUUUGUUGUUUUCUUUUAUUCUGAGAUGGAGAUAGUUUUAAAAAUGCUGACUGACUGACCGGGGGAGGGAACUGUGGAAUUAGAGAAGCUAUUGUAGAUAUUCUCCUAGUACAGAGCGGAUUUCCAGUAUUACUUCUGUUAAAAUAAGUUAGUCCUAAUUUAAAUACACAACAGUCAGCUGUGGCUGAUUAUUCCUUGUCUAAGUGUUUUUAUUUUAACUGAUAGUUUCUUGUGUACAGAAUUUGUAAAGUUAAGACUUGUAAAGGAAUAUUGGGUAAAACUGGGGGUUGAUUUUCAUUUGUUUAUAUAUAGAAGCCUUGUCUGGAUUUUGUUCAUAUUUAUAGAAGGAAUCGCAUCCUGCUGAUGCAAACGUGUAGAGAUGUAUAGAACAUAUGAAGGACUGACAAAAAAAACUACUUUUCAAGGUGAAGAUGUAUACAGUAAUAUUCUAUUUUGUUGUUGCAAUAACUAAAUCCAAAAAAGCUGGAUUGCUUUUGAACAAUCAUAGAGAAACAAACAAUCAGAAAUUACAACUUCAAAAUAAACCCCAUAUCUUUGGCAGAAAAAAGGGAAAAAAAAAAAAAUCUUAACCGUGCCCCAUAUAUUAUUUUUAAGAAAGGGCCUUGACUUCAGAGUGGGAGGCAUUUUUCCCACUGAAUAGCAAGAUGUGAAAAAAACUUAAUCUUAAGAUAACUUUCAAAUCUUCAAAGACUUGUAUUAUUGCUGUAUGCCCUCAUCCCUCCCAUCACUAUUUGCACAAUCAAGUCCCUGGACAGCCUGAACCACUCCGGGCUGUGAAUAUGAAGGAACCCAGAGAGCAAUAACUUUUACACUGCCUUUUUUCAAUCUUAAACAUUUCCUUCCCUUUUUUCUGUUGUUUGGAACAGGGUAGCAACUUUAACUAAAAUGCACUAUUUUACAUGGUACAACAGUAAAUUGUACCACAGACUCGGUUUUUAACAAGAGAUAUUAUGGGCUGUGGUUAGGAUAUACAGAGCACUGGUUGCAAGAUGUGAACAAAAAUAGCCCUGAAUACCAAUGAUCCAUUUCUAAAUGACAAUUUAUACAGCAAAUGUGAUCGACAAUCACCUUGUUUUCAUUUUGUUAGCCGAUACAUAUUUAUUAGCACUUAUAAACUAUCUCUAUUGUUUUUAAUUGUUCAGCCUUAAUGUAAUUUUGAUUAAAUUUUGGCCACUGAGUAACACAAAGGCGUGUGCGCUCAACAUAUGUCUUUUGAGGUAUGUAAACACGUAACUUGAGGUUUGUGCAGUUCUGUUUUCAACCACUAGAUGCUACUUAUGCAUUAGUUUUAGGUAGAACAAUUUUCCUGAACACAACUGUCCCAUCUUAAAAAAGGGCACACAGAAAAAAGGCAAGAUGUAAAAAAACAAGGACUAGUAUUUCAUGUAUUGGCACAAAUAUGGCAAAGCACUUAAGUUUAAUAAACUACAAGUAUUUAAUGAUGUAUGUGCAGGGGAAAGUGGUCAUUUGAAUACCAAUUCCUUCAAAAGUGGCCAAAUGUAAUGCUUGUCCUAUGCGUGGACAUAAUUACUUGGUAAAUCAAUUGAACUCAUACAUAGAUUUUGUUUAUUCGACGUUUCACCCCAACCCAGUGGCCAGCGACUCUGGAAGACAAUCACUUGCUCAAUAAUAGCUUGAUGCACUGCGUAGCAUCUCUCAGGGAGCAGCUCUUUUCUGACUUAGCACUAGAAAAGGCUUUCAUAUUUUUGCAAAUUUACAAAAAUAAGAUUUUUAAUUAUUAUAGAAGUACUUUUUGCGAUAAAAGCAGCAUAUGCUAGCAAUGGAAUCCGCCCAGACAAGGCUUUGAUUGGUGUGUCUGUUAACACCGCAUGAAUUCACUGUCCAAAUCUCGUUAAAGCCCAGAUUAUAUGAUAAGCAUUGUGACGUAUAGCACAAGGAGGCGAUAUAUUUGCUCCAUAUCAGCAUGCUCUCGUCACCACUGGCGUACAGUUACUGUAUGUUUAUUGCUUAUUUUGCUGCUUUUGGGACCAUGUGGGAAGUUCACUAGCAAAAUGUGAAUCAUGCUACAUCACAACAACUCUGGAACAGUGAAUUCUCACUCUGAAGUUUUGUUUGAAAUGUUUUUAUUUUUCCCUGGUUAGACUGUGAAUCAGAGAGGUGGGGUGGGGUUGUGAGAUGACGUGCUGGCAAGAACGAGUGGUAACGUAACACUGUAAGUAAGACACUGUAGCAAUAAGAACUGGAGGCAUUUACUACUGUCAUGUUUGCAUUGUAAGAUUAUUUUUUAUUUUAUUACUAUUUACUAUUAUUAUUGUUCUUAUUAUGUCUACUAUUCUUCUAUUACUAUUAGCCUAUUGUUGUUCUGUUCUAUUUGCAUGACGUUUCAUUGCAAUGAAACAUUUGGAGCAUAUUUGUGUUUUCUCACAAUAAUGUGAGGUUAUGGGUGGGAUCAUUGGCAGGGUGGGUUGAAACCGGGAUCCAGAAUUAAGUCAGUCCUAAGUGAUUUUCCAAUAAUCUGAUGGACUUUUUAAUAAAAUAUUAUUAUUUAUACACAAGGAAUUUAAGAGAUACUGUUUAACUGGAUGAGAACGCUUUUUUUUUUCUAUAACCAUUGAAUGUGUGAGUUGCUAUCACCAGUCAGUGAACGGCCCAUUCUGUACUGGCCUUAUUGUACCGGAUCAGAGGGUAAACUUUUCUGAAUGUUAUGGAGUCGUUUGUUCAGUGUGAGGGACUGAACUAAAUACGCCUUUACCACUCCAUCAACACAGACAAAUACAUUUGAAAGCGCACAAUAACUAGUCGACAUUCCACAUGAUGGCUCUGACAAACUGCACGGACAUGUUAAUACACUUGUUUUUUUAAAUCCGUUUCCUACACUUUGUCCAUCAUGCGACACCCAGAAAUCCUUCCUUUCUUGAAAAGAACCGGAGUGUGUGAGAGAUUGAAACUGUGAGAAUGAAACAAUGUUUUCUCUAUCGAUGCUUUGUAAGCUUUCUCGAUGCAUUACAUAUGCGUGCAAUUCAAGUAGUGUUGAAAAUUGUUAAUUUAUUGUUUAGAAUGUCUUUGCGUGCAAGCAAGAGCAAAUAAAACAAAAUGUAGCAAUCUGUAACUCGUACCUAAAAAUGGUAUUUGGGAUUACGGAACCUCUUUUACACAGGACUAACAAAACAAAAUACUGAAAAAAAUUAUAUAUAAAAAGGAAAUCUUUUCUUCUGUUUUCAAAGUGCCAUAGCUAGUGAGAAAAUGAAUGAUUGGACGUGGGCUGUAGCUGCUUUACUGUCUUGAGUUGACGUGAGAAACCAAUCAUAAAAAGGGGAAACUCAAGGAAAAUGUGCAUUUGAUGACACUGCGAACAGUUUUUACAUUUUAUGCUUUUUUCAUUUGGUCAUACAGGACUCUUCAGGACUCUGAGCUCUGACUAUCAAUCCAUGAGCUCUUCUGUGCAAACAGUUUUUUUCACAUCAGAAUGAUAUUGUGAGCGUGUGUGUAUGCAUGUAUAAAUCUGCAUUUAACUGCGUCGCAGACACCCACAUGUUACGGAUUAGAAUGGGUUGAAGUUUAGAGCUAUGCAGGGCCCUUUACUGAGUCCUCCUUUGAUAUGUGUAAAUAUAAUGUGAAGGUCUGAAGUGAUUUUUGUUAAAUUCUAUAUUUUAUCGCUUUUGUAGAAAUUUUGUUGUGGGAAGAAAAAGAAAUACAAUAAAUUUUAUGGGUGAAAAUUUGCUUCAUGUUUCUG